GGGACGUCGUUCCGUAGGACCUGCGCGCUCCGCCACCGGCCUGGCGGUUCAGUCGCUUCUACCGAGCGGCACUCACGUUCCGUGUCCGGACCGCACGCGCCUUUGCCGCGCGCGCGACUAUCCUCUCUCUCUCUCUCCCUUUCGCUCUCGUUCUCCCGACGACCGCAGCAUCUCGCUGCGCCCGAGAGAGCUUCCGGAUCAAUCGCGCGGAUUCUCCGCGCGGGCUGAAUCGUCCGAGAGCCGAGAGAUAACUCGUCGAAUCGGCGAGAUUUUUCGAACGCGAGGCUCGUUUUCGCAACGAGCGAGACGCGGCCGGCUAACAGUGUUGUGAGGACCACCGGCGUGUUUGACAAGUGUGAUCAGUGAGCAGAGAUUCUCCAGUUUUCAAUUAGUGCUACUGGGUGCGCGAAGAGGAGCGCGAAGAGGAGCGCGAUCUUCGUAAGCGCGGGGCGACAGAAUAUAGCCUGACAGAAGUUUGGACUGUUGUAUGCAGCUACUAACAUUCUACUAACUACUGAACGCUACAAAUACGAAGAAGCUGGCAUUUUCUACGAGCGACAACCAAGUACGAGGUGGCGAUGAAAGAAAUUUGGAGAAAUUGAAAACUCAAGGUCAAUCACCGAUUAAUGUACAUCCCAGUUUCGGGUUAAUGGAGCGCAACCACCCAUGGAAGGGAAACGCGAUGACACGCUGCCAGCCGAAGAUGGAGGUUUCUUAAGCCGGGAUUAGAAGGUCGCCUAAAACCCAAGCUCUCCUGUCCUCAUCUCAGAUCGAUCAAAUCAUUGACGCGAGCUGCUCGAGGAGCCGCUUUAAACUUGCCGCACUAGAUUCGGCAGCGGGCACGGAAGCUGCUUCAAUCACGCGCGGCAAGGAGGAAUCUGCGGAAAUCUAAAACUGUGAUUCUACAUGACGACUGAUCCGCCAGGAGAGAGGAGGGAAAAAGGAGAGUCGCUCGAGUGGCCUUGAUCUCGAAUGAUCAAAGCACCGCCCGCUGAGAACAGAUUUAUUCUAUGUCUUGCGAACUUUCGAGAGGCCGGUUGUCGCGGCGUAGACGUUGCGGCACAAACGAUGCGCUGGUCGGUGAAUUAAAGCGUGUACCUGGGGCUGCUCGUUCGGACAAUCGAUAAUGCUGGGUCGUAAAACUCCGCGCGAGGCACGUAGCGUGUCUGAUAAAUAAUGCAAUUCUAUCGAGAGGAUAGAUGUCUCGAGGUGUGAAGCGAAAAGCGCUGGGUCACUCUUAGCACCUCGAACAGAGAUCUCGAAACGCUUCGUAUCAAUUACGACGCGGACACUGAUUUGUGCAUCGCUUUCUCUCUCUCUCUCUCUCUCUCUCUCCCUCCCUCGUGAAGUUGACCUGGAAUGCCAGAUCCCCCUCGGAAGAACUGAACAAGGGUUAAUUGGAAAUUAGGAAUCGAGUGUAUUUAUCCGAGACAAGUGAUCGUGCGCGUGCUUAGACGAGUGUCGGAGAAAGCGACGAGUGCGCGGAUUUCCUUACAUUUUUUUUGCGGACUAGGCCGAUUUCCGUGACGUCAUUGCGAAAACGAUUCGGAAUAGUGUGUCGGAUUUGGUAAAUAUUUGUCGGUACUUCGAAAUCGAGUAGUUUAACGCGUCACGAAGCAUCUCAUCGUGAUUCAAAGCUCGCCCGAUGUGAAUCGAAAAAGGGGUCUUUCCAUAUUGACACGCCAUAUCAAACACAGCUCGCGCAGAGACCCGGGCGCGACGUGCCGGAGUGCAUAAAUCGUACGUGUACGAGCAAUUAAGAAGUAAAUCGGAAGAGAGGUAAUUAACGUAGUAUCUAAAGUACGAAGACGCGCAUGCCUCGCGGUAAUUAAUUACUUUCAAUGUGAGUUUAGAAAAGUCGGAGAAUCUCUUGGGUAUCAUUAUACGCGGACUUGCAGAAUGGCACGUAACUCGUGAAUAAAAGCCGUGUAGCGUAUAAAUUUCUCGGAUAGUCCUAAUUACCCAAGUACCGCGAAGUUGUAUGAACUGAACUCCGGCGCGAUUGCGAAGAACCCCUUUCGCGGGAUCCCCUUUUACGGGAAUCUUUAAAAUAUACAGGGGCGAGAGAGAAGAGAGUGCGCGCGUGAGUCGCAAGCCGUUCUAAUUCCGCGAGAGUCAACCUAGUUUUGCGCCCGGCAAUUCUGGGCAAUUUUGGGCAAUUCUGGGCAAUUCUGGGCGAGCCGGAAUGCGGACGGUGCCGUAUGUGCUUCGUUAAACUGACAAUAAUCGUCAACCGCGUGUCACGAACUUGUACGUGGGAAAGCGAGUGUUGGCAAAUGAAAUUCCGGCCGUGCACAUACGACGAUGUCGUGUCGUGAUUUGAGCACUCGAGCAUCAACGUACUCGUGAAAAUUCGACGGUGUGUUGCGCAUCUCGACGAGGAAGAAAAUUGUCACGAGGAGAAAACGGAAGAAAUCUAAGAUUCGAGAGGAGAUUAUUCGCGAGUUACUUUGAAAGUAAAAACCAAUUUGAUACACACUUGACACAAAGAGGAUCGGGAGAGCGGGUUGUUCGUCGACGACCGACAGAGGAUGACGGUCCUUAUCAAAGCAUUGAUAACCUGUCGAUUCGUUUGAAUAUCCGUAAGAGGACGAUCACGGAAAGAGCGAUUGCCACAAAGGAGCGUCGCGUCACGCCAUCGAACAGCUAUUUCAGAAAAAUAACAUUUGUUAGGAAAGUUUGAUCGCGAUUACGGAUAGUUAUCACCGGAAAACCAUAAUCGACAAUUGUUGCCGCUAGGCAAAUGAUGGACCUUAUCGGGGACGACAUGUGAUACGAUGGACGAGUGGUGUGCGCGAUUAGCUACGAAAGAAUGACGGUGAUGUGUGAGUCCUUCAUGGAUAUUGCUCAGUGCCGGGAUGUUGCAGUGAGUAACUGUCAAUAAAAGAGCGACGAGUGUGACACAACGAGAUCAGUUUCGUCGUCGUCGUCGUCGUCGUCGUCGUCGUCGUCGUCGUCGUCGUCGUCGUCAUCGUUGUCGUCGUUGUGUCGUUGUCAACGCCGCGAAGAAGGGUAAGAAAAGAGCCGUCCGAUACCGCUCAUAGAAAUACCCAGCAUGAAGGAUCAUCGAGGAGGAUGGCUGCGCGCCGUGCUGCCCCUGAUAACGUUCCUCUCGCAUCAGACAGAAUGUGCAGCCAAGAACGGGAGAUCCGUAGUGGAGCACCAUCCGUCCUCUUACUGGGAGCAACCCUUUAGUCAGCCCUACUUCGACAACACGACAAAGAGGGAGACCACAACCACCGUCGGGCAAUCCGCUUACCUGCACUGCAGGGUGCGCAAUCUUGGCGAUCGUGCGGUAUCGUGGAUCAGGCAGCGGGAUUUGCAUAUCCUCACUGUCGGCAUCCUAACAUACACGAACGACCAGCGUUUUCAAUCGUUGCACAGCGAUGGCAGCGACGAGUGGACCCUGAAAAUCAGUUCGCCGCAAGUGCGAGACAGCGGAAUCUAUGAAUGUCAGGUCUCGACAGAGCCGAAAAUUAGUCAAGCUUUCAACUUGAGUGUAGUAGUCUCGAAGGCAAAGAUCAACGGCAAUUCGGAGCUCUACAUCAAAAGCGGGAGCGACAUCAAUCUGACCUGCAUCGUGCUGCAAACGCCGGAACCACCAUCCUUCAUCUAUUGGUACAAAGGCGAUAACGUGAUAAACUACAGUCAACGCGGGGGCAUUAGCGUCGUGACGGAGAAGCAAACGCGAACGUCACGUCUACUGAUCAGCAGAGCGCUGCCAGCCGAUUCCGGCAAUUAUACUUGUGCACCAUCCACAGCCGAGUCAGCCAGCGUUCUUGUCCACGUGCUCAAUGGGGAGCAUCCGGCGGCCAUGCAGCACGGAAACUCCAGCAACAGCGGCGCGGCCACGAGGACGCUCGCGUUGCUCCUGUUGCUCCUGCACGCCGGCUCCUUCGCGAGGUGACUGGUCGAUCACGAGGUGUUGCAGUAAGAGAGUAACGGCCGAUAGUUUCACCCAGGCGAGAGCGGGGCGACGACGAGGGUGGUGGCGAACGAGUGAAGAGACCAGGAAAGGUGGUGGAAGAGAGGAAACGGCAACGCCAUCACUGCGCUAACCAUCACCUGCCAGACUCUAUAAAUCAGCUCGAUCUUCUUUCCGUACUGCGAUCGGCUUGCCGUGGGGAGCGGGGGCGGGGGCGGGGGGAGAGGGGGGAGAGGUGGAAAAGUGCUCGCGAAGAGAACGAGAAAAAGAGGCGCCGAUAACAGCAACCGCGCGUGAGAGUGCUUCGCUGUUAGCUUUGCUCUCGCUUCCGGAGCAUAAACCCGGUCAACCCUAUCCGGUUCGGAUUUCCUCCAAGCGACCUCCGUAUCCCGUCGAUCGUCCUACGAUCUCGCCGGACGAUGAAACUCGCGCUACAAUAACGAUAUCGGAAACAACAACGUUUAGAUCCGAGACGACGCGACGAGCGAAUUCGGGGGUGUGUAAACUGGACGACGAGGAGCGAACUCUCGUCAAGGACGAGCGACGUUCGAAUCAUUCGUAAGGCGUCUCUCGACGAGAACGAAUGAUUUCUCUUACGUCGACGUUCGCGACGGCGGAAUUAGCAUUUCUUUUCCGCCGGGCGGUGAUCGCGUAGACGUGGAGAUCUAUCGGCAAAUGCCAGGCUGACUGUCGCGAAAGGUUCUCGAGAGGUAAGAACCGACGUGUUUUCGUGUCCGAUGGACUAGCCGGCGACCCAGAUACGCCAGGGCAAAACCACCGCGUGGAAUUCUACUCAAUUUCUGGUCGCCGGAUGCGGUAUUCGCUUCUUCCCCCGAAGAGAACAAAUAUUUUGAGGUUUGCCGCACUUAUCCUCACUCGCGCAAACUUCCGAGAUGUGUGCACCUAUAUACACGCUGCGUCAUACGAAUGUCACGUAAGCCGCCGGAUGUGCACUCCGGCCUGCCUGAAAACUUUGCGUCACCGGCUUCCAAAUGCAAUUUCUUUUCAAUCGCGGAUGCGCAUACCGUGUACGUUGCAAUUUCAUAUUUUAUAUUAGAAUAUCACUUUUGCUAUUAGAAGACUUUGAGAUGCCGCGGCGAGUUUCAAAUACAUAUUUUAAAUCUGUUCUAUCUCGAUGUGCGGAACAAUCGUUUUACAUCUUUGUAAAAUGUAAAAUAUCCAUCGAUUGAUUUUUACCUAUGCGCCAUGAAAGGUGCGUUUACACAACGGCGAGAGAAAUGUUGUAAUAUAAAUCUGUUAUUGUCCCGGGCUGCUUACGAGACCGCAAAAUAUUUCCCGCCACAGCGGCCUUUCGCUCCUCCGAAUCGAUUCGCACGCGCGAAACUUCCGCCGAAUAAAUAUUUCAAGCUUGCCCGCCACUUACUGCGGAACUGGCUAAACGGAAUCGGCUAUGACAAUAAUCGAUUUUCGCCCUUUCGCGAGAGACGAAAAAGCCACUGAAGUAUCUCUGAAUUAUGCGGCCCGGGUCACGCGGAAUUCGUAGCUUGGCAAGGGAGGGACGCCCGCAGUUUCGCCCGGGCGCUCCAUUUGCAUCUCAGGACGCCGAAUUUACGAGCCGGAGGGUCGUCGAUCCUCGCCACGGCCACGAGACCGGUCCGCGCAUCCGUGUGCGCGUAUGAUAGACUCGAUAAGUUAUAUAACUAAGCUCGACGUACCUCUCGUUGGCGUGAGAGAAAUAUCGGCGUGAUCGAUACGGGAUUGAACUGCUAUAUUUUCUCGCUAUUAUGCUUAGGUGUCGCAUUCAAGCCCGCGCAUUUAAUUAGAAACACUUGUUUCAUGCGAUUAUUUUCUCUGCUCGGUUUUGCUCUUCACGCAGAUUUUCCAUGCACAGGACCUUGCAGCAACAUUGCAAUAUUGCAUAUUGCAAUAUAAUGUUUUAAAAAUAUUGUUAAUAUGUAAAUAUGCAAUAUGAUUUUAAUAAUGUUGCAACAAUAUUUUAAAAACAUAGUAUUGUGUAUAAAUAUAUUUGUGUAUGCGUGUACAUUUUCUGAUUCAUCGAGUUUAUAAGCAAUUUUAUACAAGUAUCCUAUAUUAAAUUUUAGCACGAGUUUACCAUGAUUAAUCAUAUAGAAUUAUUUUUUUAAAUGCUGGCAGUUUUGUACUUAAAGAAAUUUUUCGAAGCAAAAUACAAUUCAAUUUUAAAAUUGUGUAUUCACUGCAAACUUUUAAUGCUAAAUCAUAAUGUGAUUCUAUGGCACUUCAAAAAUUAUAAUGUUAUUUAAAUCAUCAAAUCCGUGGGACAUAUAUGCAAAUGCGAAAAGUUAAGAAACUAAUUGUAUAAAUUUGCAGUUGCGCUAUUAAUAAUGUAUUAACACGCAAUACAAUACAUAUUAUAUAAAAUAUAAAUAUCGUAAUAAUACAUUAUUAAUAGUGUAUUCUAAAAAAGUUUACAUAAUUAUUUUCUUAAUUGUUGGAACUUGUGUACACACCGAUCGCACAAAUUGUUCGUACAAACAAAAAACACUAGGGUGAUUGGCCCAAUAACGUUUUCAUAUUUUUCAUUCUAAUACUACAAUUGGAACAAGUGACAGUAAUUGGGAUAGUUAUCUUAAUUAUCAUGACAUUACAAAGCAUUAUUAAAUAUAUAUUUAUAUUGUAAUAUGCUGCAAAAUUUGUAUCACAAUACUUCUGAAAAUAAACAUUUUGCCAUUACGGCAAAAUUUUGUUUUUGUAGCGUUGUAAUAUUGCAAUAAAAUAUUUCUGCAAUCUUUCUGUGCUGUAGGUCGUUUGCGAAUAAUAAAAUUCGUUCUUUAAUUUUUUUCAUUAAAAAGAUUUUGUCGAAUAGAUUAAACUUGAUAGUUUAAUCUAUCGCAUUCCGCAUGUAUCAAAUAUACAUCAAAUUAAUUGCAUUCUCUCUCAUCCGAGACGAUCGAGAUUAUAUGACGGUCGGCCGUGCGGUCGCAGUUAACGCAACCAGCUGACGCGUCCGGAAUGUUCUUCGAAUAAAGUUCCAUCCGGCGUUCAGUCGCGGCAUCCGAGUGGCGCCGAGCCGGGAAAUACAUUGGUCGCGGAAAGUGACGGAAAGUUUAUCCUGGGGAAGCAGAGAAGCUCGCGACGGCACGCGCGAUACCGAGGGAUACGAUUAAUUCGAUGUGCGUGCCGAGUGUCGGUAGGAAUUUCGCCGCGAUUUCGACGCGAUACGAAGCCCUCGGGAGAUCUCGAGUCGUAACUUGGACGUGAAAUCCGCGCGCGUCCGAAGCCUCUAAAUCCACCGUUACCGAUCUGCCGCGAUUCUAUAUCCCGAUUUUACCCGCACGUCCGAGUGCGCAUCCGACGUGCGAAUCACCGCGUCAAAAGUGGAAGAUCCUGCGUGGAGCUGGCACGUCGACGAGCGGCCCUGCCGAGCGGACAGAUCGACAUGAAAGUGCGUAGACACGCUACGGAAGCGAGAAUACAGUGUUCCGGAUUCUCAGCGACGACGUGGGAGCGCGGUGCCGGGACGAUGACACGCGCGAGGCGCGAGGGACAAUGCGCGCUCGCUAAGAUAACGUUAAGCUUUAAGUGAUUAAAGAAUCGUAUCGUACUGGUCUAUCCGUGUAUACGUGACUACUCCAUAGAUCUCCGAUCGCGAGUGGGUCGGUCGUGUCGUAGCGAGAGAAUCCGAGGCGCAUAUGCAAAACGUGACUGCGACGCGCGACAUGGAACAUUGUUCCGGGGUAACAAUGCAUUAUUGCGACGUGCUAUAUUUUCAAGAGAUGUACAUACAUGGCAUCGUCAAAUAAAUAUUCAGCCACGAGGAAAACGGAGCGAUCGGUGAUCGCAAGGCAGGGUUGGCAACUAACGUGUUGUUACCAUUACUCUUUUCGGUAACAAUCGUUACUCUUUUCUGUCUGUAACAGUAACGCCGUUACAUUUUUACAGUAACAAUAACGAAUUUUAUUGUUACUUUUCUCGUUACUUGAUAAAUAUGUAAUAUUAUACAUGCAUAUGGACCGUUUUAUUACGAUUAACCAAAAAUCACUAAGCGACACAGACAAUUGAGUGCCACUCUAAAAAAGAAGUUAUUAAACUUUCGUAAAAAAGUAACGAAAAAAGUAAAGAAUUGUUACUUUUUAAGUACGAUAACGAGUUAUUCCUUUCUACAAAAGUAACGGUAACAAUAAUGCCGAUUACUUUUAUAAAACAACGUUUCCUGUUGGAAAGAUCGUGAAAGAGAUAUCCUGAUGAUUGAUUACACGAUAGGAAACAUUUUGUAUUUAUGUUAAAAUUUGUGUUGAAUUUUUAACAUACCCGAGCAUUAAUUUAACAUAAUGUGAUUGUGCUAUUUGAAUAUUUUGUAUUUUGAUAUUCAAUAUUUCUUAUGCAUUAAAACAACAUAAUUUAUGAGUAAAUGAACAAAUAAAAAUGUAGUAUUGAAAUGUAAAUUUAUUCUAAGAUAAUAGAAUAAAAUGUACGUGUCAACAUAUUACGAUUAUUAAUUUUAUUUAAGAAGUGCACUUUUACAAUUGCGUCAAAAUGUAUCUUUUACGUUAUUUUUUACAUAAUAUUUCAAUACUUUCUAUAUUUAUCUUUUAUUAAAUCAACACAAAAAUUUAAGUUGGCUAUUUGCGAUAUGUUAAAUUUAACACAAAUUUUCUAGCUGUGUACUUUGUUUAAUACAAUUUUAUCUGUUUCUUUCUUUGCAAAUAAAUUCUCAAAAUCAUCGGUUUUUGCCUGCCUGUUAUUUUUCUCGAAAUGUAAUAUGAGAACUAAAUUUAGACAACGGAUUCGUGUUCAGCAGACAAAAACAUAUCGGAGUGUGACUAUUCACACUCGCGUUGUAAAAUGAUGUUGAAUAGCGUUAUUUAUUGGGAUUUCUUUAGCAUUGUUCUGUGAGUAGCUAGAAAAUUAUACACGAUGCACAUGUUGCGUAAUACAUUGGGAUCUGCUGGAAAAUUAGGUCGUAAUAUAUACGCAGCUAUUAAUAAGCUUUUCUCUUUUUGUUAUAAAUAGAGGCAUAUAAAUCUCAUUUUUCACCCAAAUAACACUUCUAUUGUGUUCUGUAUUUAUUCAACAUGUUCUGAAAAGGUUUUGGAGCAACUCUAAAAUGCAAGAACAGAUAAAAAUGCAAUGGAAUGUUAAAGUGACAUAAUAAGACUUAUAACAUCAAAUUUUAUUAAUAUCUUCGCAUGACAACUUGACGUUUGUAAAUUUGAAUAAUUCUCCAGUUGCCUUAUUUCUGUUAUUUAUUUUUGAAUUCGUAUUAUUUCUUGUAUUUCGUAUUUUAAAUAUGACACGAAUCCGCACAGAUGACAUGAAAAUGGGAAAAAAUAGAAGGAAAUUUCUUGAACGGUCUCUCCAGCUGCUCCAUUUUCUCGUUUCGAGCAGAAACAGUUUUCGUACCGAAUAUCAUCUUAAGGACUCGAUACGCCUCGGAUACGCGUUAUCAGCAGCACGAUCGACCCACGAAUAGCCGUACUGUACAUACCUUCUUGAAUGUAACGAUCGCUGUAACUCUCUUCGGCAUGAUUAAGAACCACGAUGUAACUCUUACUAAUUUACACUCUUAGAUCGAUCGAGUGCUUCAUCACCUGAAACGCAGUCGUUACACUGAGAUUAUCGUCACCAAUCGGUAGUAUCGACGAUCGUGGCCUGCCAAAAAAUCCUGGAUCGCGUUUCAACGCGUUGCACGUUUUCGCCAAAAAAAUGAGUGGAUCAACGAGAAACUCGGGGACGAAAAAAAAAAGAGAGAAAACGUUACAUCGCAGUGCGGAAUAUUUGGUCGUCACGAUUGUCGUGCUGAGCCGAAUCAAUCGGUACAGUCAAAAUAGAGAGAUCAUUUCAAUCACCGAGCGACUCAGCCAAAAUCAGAAAACGUCUCUCGAGAUAAAAAGGAAACUAAGCGAAGAUGCGGCACAGCCUUGUAAAUAGGAAGGAUCCGAUUUCCGAUCGCGUUAUCGUCGCGGUUUGCCCGUUGUGAAUCAGGGGUGCACAAGACGCGAAGACUCUUCUUUUGCUUUCGCGUCCUACUUUUCUCUCGCGAUACGCAAGCACGCGAAGCACCAAAGUGCGAGCAUAUUAAAUAUUAAUCCUUCCGCCGCCCGAGGAGUAACUUUACUUUCAAACUAAAUUACAGGAGGAAAAAUGGUGCACCGAGGUAAUAUCGGAAAUUUUGCUGAGCAGUGGAGGGAUCAAACGAUCCAGCGCGCGGAGCUCGAUGAAAUUUUGCGCACCCCUGAAUCUAAUAUCUGGUGGCGACCGAGAGGUGCCCCGUUACAGCGAGAAGGCGCGACGUGGUUGUAUGUUCCUGGAAAAGAGUUCCCGACGACGAGACGCGUCCCCGACGACGGUCGUUCCGUGCACGAUCGUCAUCGGGCACGAGAGAACGAAUUCUGCAAAAUCACCACCGCACUUCCUCUUUUCAUCCUCCCUUCUUCCCAACCUUCCCAUCCUUUCCAUCCUUCCGUCCCUAUUUUCUCCCGUGCUUUUUUAUACGCCGAACGAGAUCUGUCCUCGUUAGUACUUGUAAAUGGCUUUCGCGCACGCGGGUGCCGCUAAUCCUGCUUCUGUAUAUUCCGGAAAGAUAUUAAAAAAAAAAGAUGACGAGACUCGGACGCGGGCGCGAUUAAUUGGCUCCCGCGUCCGAGCCGCGAACGAACGAGAACAAACUGGUAGCGAAUAUAAGUUCAACCCGAUUGUACGAGAUCAAUUACUUGUUAGCACACGAGCGAUCAACGAUACGCUCUUAGCGACACUACUCGAAGGAUGUUAAACUAUCGAACGUACCAUUAAUGUAUAUAUAAACGAGCAGUACCGAUUUAUGUUGGAUCCAAUUGUACCAGAAUUCCUAAAGACAAUUAAAGGAGAAGAAAUAACGAUUA